UAUUCGGGCCAACAUAGUUAGGCCCAAACUAAAUCAAACAAAGCACACAAGGAAGGAAGCAUCAAGAGAAGUCUGUAGAAGAAAGGUUUGUCCAACAACACAGCAAGCACGAGCGAAUCUCCUCAACUUCCCCAACCUAAUAGCUCGCCGUGUCGUGACUACUCACCGAGUAGGAACCUAACCUUAUCCAAUGGCUUCGAGUUUCAUUACAGUACCUAAACCCUUCUUGUCCUUCCCCAUCAAAACCAAUGCUCCUACUCUACCUCAGCAGACCCUUCUCGGAAUUCGAAGAAAUUCCUUUAGAAUUAACGCCGUUUCCACCAAAUGGGAACCGGCAAAGGUUGUACCACAAGCAGACAGGGUCCUUGUCCGCCUUGAAGUGCUUCCUGAGAAAUCCUCAGGAGGAGUACUGUUGCCUAAAUCAGCUGUGAAAUUCGAGAGGUACCUAACAGGCGAGGUUGUCUCUGUUGGGUCUGAGGUUGGGGAAGUGGAACCUGGCAAGAAGGUUUUGUUCUCUGAUAUGAGCGCCUAUGAGGUUGAUUUUGGAACAGAAGAUGCUAAGCAUUGCUUUUGCAAAGAAAGCGACUUGUUAGCUAUCGUCCAGUGAAAAGUAGCAUCGAAGUUGUGCAUUCAAUGAUAUCAUCUACCAAAGAGUUUCUGGUUUUCUUGUAAUUUCAGUGACAGCAGCAUAUGUUCUGUUGUUUGAGUUUCAUGAAAGAGCUCAAAGUGGAGAUUGAUCGGAAACCGAAAUUGUUAAAGUCAACAAUGUUCUCUCAAACAGAAAUCGUUUUAUUUGCAAAUUUCUCAUAAGCCUUAUGUUCAUAGCUUAGCUGGUGAACAAGACCGAUCCCAUUCAAUUUUUUCAAGGAUUUGAUCUUUACUUGAUUUCUUAAAAACGAAUUAUUUUACCAGAGCGUAAAGGAGAUUCACGGACCCAUGGAGAUGAACCCCGUGGACCCUCUUCAUUUAAACUCUUUCGAGUUAUUAGACAACUUUUAUAAAG